AGAGGAGAGAGAGGCUCGCGCUGCAUCUGUUGCCUGGGUGAACACGUUAGCAUCAGGCUAGCAGCUAGCUUCACUCACAGGUAUAUAACGGAGGAACGAGGCAGAAUUGUACCGAUAAUCUCGGAUGUCAUCUCCCGUUACCGGUGGACAGGGCUCAUAAUGAAUGUGUAGAGAUCACCGAGGGCGGUUAGAUGGUGAAACAAUCCGUUCGGAGCGCGAGAGCUACCUGUAAAGAUAAAAACAUCCAGGAAUGGUUUUUGAUUUGUAUCGCCCAGCACUUGUGUGUAACCCAUUGUUCGCUAGCAUGGACGGCUUGUGUGUGAAGAACAGUGAGAGCUAGAGGCCCUUCACAGUGCCAUGGAGCCCUUCCUGCAGAUUGCUCCUCACUCUCUGGCCAUUGUGCUGUCCAGAGUCGGCAGUGAAACUGGGGGAGCGGGUGGAGUGUCGGAGAGCACCGAGCUGCCGCGCCAUCACACUGGCUAUGAGAUCUUUGCGGAUUUCAAGGCAGAAAACUCGCAGCAGCAGCAUGUGUGGAACCCCCGGAUCACUGAGGCCGUAUCAGAGACGUUCUUCCUGGGCUGGAUCGAUGAACAUGUGCUGCUGAUCCAGGGGAAGGAGGAUCACCUAGAGGUGCUGAGAGAGGGAUGGAUGAGGAGGAGCCUCAACCCACCUCGGGGAUUCACCAUCAAGUAUCUGGGUGAUGUGUCACCCAUCAGUAUGUCCCCCAUCAGCCAAUCACAGUUCAUCCCUUUGGGAGAAGUACUGUUAUUGGCUAUCUCUGCUAUGAACUCCGCCCACAAGCCUGUAACCCAGGAGGCUCUGACCGAACAUCUGCAGACAUGUUUCCCAGGUGUUCCCACUCCAACAGAGGAGGUUCUGCACCACACGCUGGGCAUGCUGGUUCGUGAGCGGAAAAUCUACCCAACACCAGACGGAUAUUUUAUCGUCACCCCUCAGACGUACUUCAUCACCCCAAGCCUCAUCAGAACCAGCUCCAAGUGGUACCACUUAGACGAGCGAUCAACUGAGCGACACCAGCAGCAGCACCAGCAGACGCAGUGCACCUCGCCACUCUCCGGCACCAUAACCCCGUCCACCUCGGGGCCCGCCAGAGACCGAACGCACCCAAAGUCCAGCCAGAACCACAGCGGGGGAGGAGGAGGAGGAGAUCCUUUCUACAACAACAGUUACCGUGGAGAAGACCCUCCUAGCCACCACACCACCCUGUCACGCAGAUCACCCAAAGACCACCGGGAGGCAUACUCAUCCCCGCACUCGCCUCAAACUCCUCCUCAGCAGGCGGGAGGAAAUACAGAGAAGAGCCGCGGCAGCCUCGGGUUCCCUUUCAAGACGGACACACUAACCAAGCACCGGGGAGGAGGAGGUGGAGGAGGAACAGGAACAGGAGAGGUGGAGAAACAGGCAGGGGGUGGCAGUGGAACAGGAAGUCGUAAGUUUGGCCUGAAACUGUUCCGUCUAAGUUUUAAGAAAGAUAAGACUAAACAGCUGGCCACUUUCUCGGCUCAGUUCCCCCCUGAGGAGUGGCCGCUCCGCGAUGAGGAGGUGCCCAGCACGCUGCCACGCCACAUCGAGAUGGAGAUCAUCCGCAGGAUCAACCCUGACCUCACAGUGGAGAACCUGGCUCGCCACACAGCCGUCAUGAAACGUCUGGAAGAGGAGCGCGCUCAAAGAAGCAAAGCUUCUUCAGCCAAUCAGAGCUCGAGGAGCAGGAGGAGCGGGGGCCGGCACAGGAAGCAGUCUCAGGCCAAACUGAGCCGCUCACACAGUAAGACAAGAGCAUCUCGCGGUGAGCCCAGCGACCUAGAAUUGCCUGACAGAGACUACAGAGCUUACUCGUCGUCACUGGCCAGAUCGCCAAGGGAACAUGCCCUUGCUAUGGAACGGCAGCGUGCCCGGCUUCACUUGGCCCACAGCAACCCCAACAUCCUUGAUUCCUCCCACCUACCUGUCACUCCGGAGUGGGAUGUAUCAGGAGAGCUCGCUAAACGCCGCACAGAGAUGCCUUUCCCAGAGCCGAGCCACGGCCCCUCCGCCCACCACUCUAAAGUGCACCGCUCGCACUCGCACACGCAAGAGAGGAAGUCCAGGAAUGAGCGAAGUGACAAGGCCAAAGAGCGCUCCCGCUCCAUGGACAACUCCAAAGGACCACUUGGAGGCGGCCUCAUUGGACCUCCUGAUUACUAUGAUGACCGGAGCCGCUACUACACUGACGAUGGCACACUGAGAGCCAAUCAGGGCUCCUCUCACUACUCUCGAGCCACGCCCCCUUCAGCUAAGCUGCCAGUGGACUCUAUGGGGUUGGAUGGAGGGCGGAGCUUAGAGAAGAGUAAGAGCAGGGACAGCCUGCCAGCAUACUCACCCAAACCACUACCCCCCUCCGUCCCCCCAGAUGAUUAUUUCCAGUGCUCUGGUUCGUCUGAGGCCGUCCUCACUGCUGCUAACACGCUUGGAACUCUGGGUAAAAGCAGCCAUGACGGCUUAAAAGUGGGUGGGGCUGAAAGGCAGAUAGAUAGACCGACGCCUCACCACCUGGACAGUAAAGAAGACUUGUCGAAGGUGGGGCCUAAGGGGGGUAGUUUGCCUCCAAUACCUCUGUCUAUCCCUGACCCCCCACUGGCUAAUGGCAGACCCCCCCACAGCACUUCAUCUGGUCAGGAGAAGCGUAAAGAGAUCUUCAGUAAAGACACACUUUUUAAACCUCCCCCCAGCCUCCCGCUGCCUGGAUACAGCUCCCUGAGGAAGCCCCCUACCCUCGUCACCUCCACGCUGUCUUCGUCGUGUGAUGCUCUUGAUUGCCAGGAGGCCUUUGAUGCCCCCAAACCGUUGGUGGCCACAUCGUCUGCACCUCCCCCAGGGUUGGAACCCAGUUCUGGCGCAGCAGAGGCUUCCUUUGACUACUACAACGUGUCCGACGAUGAGGAGCUGGAGGAGGGCGCUAAGAGUCGAGGGGAAGAUGAAAAGUCUGGUGGGGGUGUUGUUGGUAGGGGAGGGGGAGGAGCAGGGACCAUGCAGUGGCUGCUGGAGCGGGAGAAGGAGAGGGACCUUCAGAGGAGGUUUGAGAGGACUCUGGCCUUCCCCGCUGCUAAAGAGAACCUUUCAGAGCCUGCUCAGAACCAGCAGUCAGCUCACUCUGCUCGCCUCGACAGCAUGGACUCUAGCUCGGUCACCGUAGACAGCGGCUUCAACUCACCCAGGACGAGGGAGAGUUUGGCGUCAAACACGUCGUCCAUUGUGGAGAGUAACCGUCGGCAAAACCUCGCUCUGAGCCCCGGACACCUCGGCAUCACCGCCGGCAGCGGCCCCCCCUUCUCCUUCAGAGCCAUCCCAGAACCUUCCGGAACCCAACCUGAGAAACUCCAGAAGCCCAGCGCCUGCCUCGCGUCAAUCACCAGCGUGUAGGGGGCUGGGCUAAGGGCUGGGAGGAGGCAGAGACCCAGUGGACAGGAAAUACAAAUCCAGCCCCCCACCCAAAAAAACGGACUGUUACACCUUCGGACUGACGGACUGUCAGAGUCAGUGCAACUGUUAACACACACACACACUCACACUCAAACACACACACACACACACACCAGGCAGACUCCAACCAUGUCAUCCACAGCCUCCAGUUUACACGCUGCUUUACUUACAUGGGUUAUAGUCAUGUGUGUGUGAGUUUGUGCGUGUGUGUGAGUGAGAGAGAGGGGGAGAGAGCAUGUGUAUGGUUAUGUGUAAAGAUGUGAAUCCAUUUGUGUGUGCGAGUGUGUUUUCUGUAAUCUCAGGUCGUGUUAUUUCCCAUCCAGCUGCUCCAGCUCAGCACAUCUCCCUCUGCUGUUGUCUCAUGGUAUUACACUUUUACAGAGGCUGCUCUGCUGACAACUGAUGCUGACGUCAUCACUCUCACAAAACUCCUGCACGCUGUCAAAUGCCAAGGUCAGAUUCCACAUUCUUUUUGUUCAUUACAAUGGGCAUUUUGUUAGAUUACUUGACCACAGAGCCAUAAAUUCAUGCCUUGACUUCGCUGACACCAAUUGUCACAACUGACAGGAUGACAUUUUAAAGGAGGAGGGGUUGGGCUAGACAACAUCUGGAACGAAGACAGUAAACAAACAUACUGUAUUUACUAGUGAUGCACAAUAACAAUAUUCUUUUUAAACAUACAGAUAACCUAUAAUUUCUUCCUCCUGAUGGCUGAUAACUGAUGAGAACUGCUAAUUUUUUAAAAAUUGUUGAUUUUAAAAAGAUUUUUGUUUUAUGUCGUUAUACACAUCUGGGGUAAGAGGGGUUAAUAUAUAGAGAUCAAAGAUAUGUAUAACCCAUCAGUAACUGACAUCACUAGUGUUUACAUCAAAACAAAUAACAGUUCUGACUUAACAACUGUUAUUCUCUUUUUUUUUUUUUUUACUUUAACUUGUACAUUUCUGUACCAAACAAUGUACAUCAUUAACUAAAAAAACCACAUACUUUGGUUUAAAAGUGUUUUUUGAAUUCCUCAGUUAAACAUUACAUUGCUGAAAGCCUGUUGCUUAUUUAUCUGCAGCUAAAACACAUCAAGGUAAAUGAUAACAUGAUGUCUUGCCUAAUACCAUAAAAUAUUUGCAAUAUUGGCUGUACCGGUAAUUAUCGUGCAUCCCUAAUAUUUACUUUGCUUUUUCUGUUUGUCUAUCCAGACUGUUUGAUGAGUGAUGCACCAGUUUGUUGCUAAUGCUAACUGGGUUGCUUUAAUUUCUUGCCAGCAUUUCUCUAUUACUGUCUGUUGUGGUCUUCCUUUAAUGACACAUCGUAAAGGCAGAGAUGUUGUGAGAGCUCAACAAACUCUUCCUCUCUCUGAUAGUUUGAUCACACAGCACUGACUUCAGCAUUAUUUUUUACACUUCAACAUUUGGUUUGUUUAUGUUCCAGACUUUUGCCCAUGCAGGGAGCACUGUGCUCUCAUUGUUCAUCAUCACUGACAUGAUGGAAAAGCAGAACAAGAUUGUUUCUGAUGUUUUUGUACAAUUUAGGCAGAGCUCCAGUGCCCUCUCUUGGUUAAAAGUCGGCCUGAAAAGUUUUUGUUUUUUUUCAAGCUUUGGUACUUUUGAUGCUACUGAUCAUUGAAAUUAGAUUGUGUUCUUAAAAACACAUGGUAUUAAAAAAGGAUUGAAGGGUUGAACUGUUGACAUCCUUUUUUCAGACAUGUGACGUCAGUCUGAUGUAGAAUGAAGCAGAGCAGCUCUUUAUUCGUCCAUGGCUUGUUAGAUUUUGGACUCUCACUGAGACAGAGCCGUUCUGUUUCUCUUUGUGAUGCCUCUUGUCCUCAGAUGGCAGUAAAACUCUGCUCUAUGACAUUACCUGCCCAGGUGUGAUCUCACCAAAAAGAUCAAACUUAAAUGAUUUCUAAGGAGAACAGACAGAGAGGGGGAGCAAAGAUAUGCUGGGAAUUCAAAGUGGUGAAGUUGUGUGCAGAAAAGGCUUCAAGUGUAACUUUAUGGAAAGGGAUGGCUUGGUCCCCUCCUGGCUUUCUAUAUGGAAAUAGAAACAUUACAUUAUUUCUUUAUGUUUAAACAAAGAACGUGAAGCUUUCAGAAAAAUUUAACUCAAGAUGUUGUGAUUAUCGCAAGAGGUUUAUAAGGUCUCCUCUGGUGAACAAAGUAAAGCACAACCCCAUUUGACUGCACCAAUAGAGAGCAAUAUUUACAUAAAUUAAAGAAAUCAAAGAAAUAACAUUACAUAUAUACAUGCUUUAUAUACAUUAACAUUAGCCUACACAUCGAUUAUAAGUGAAUAUAUGUACAGUGUAUAGAAACCUUUAUUUAAAGACAUUUAAAUCAGUAUUAAAGACAUCCUGCUCUUUAUAAUACUGACUUACAGCAGAGCUAGUUUAUCACGUUGGUUUAUUAAGUCACAUAACAGUAAGAUUCAUAUGAACACUAUUAAUGGGCCUGUUAGCAUGUAUACAUGUUUAAAACACUUUAAAUAUAUUUCUUCUUUCUUAAUCAAGUCACUAUCUUUUUCAGCAUUUUAGAUUCACUUUUUUUACCAGAUAAAAGAUUUUAAUCUUCUGAAAGUUGAAGAAAAACAAGCUGUGCUAAUGUUAGCCACAGCUUGGCUACUUUUCCCUGAUAACCCUGCCAAAGAUCAUCAGAUUUUUACCAUGGAGCUGCUUUAUUCAGUGUUUUUAUCAGCCGGAUGGUGUGUGUCAAAGAGUAGGAGACCUUCGAGGAUGAUUUGGCUCAUGAACGAUGUUUGUGAUGAAACUGGAGAAGGGUCUGGUUGCAGACUGUACAUUUCUGACGGCCACUCUCACAGACUGGUCAUCUGAUAAGACACUGUACGUCUCAGGAAAGAAGUGCCAGUAAAACAUAUCAAGUUUUAGAUGCUUUUUUAAUUCAACUUUAUUCAUUUAAAAAAAAUUGGCAGUUACAUUCAUGAAAUCAUCACAUUGCAAACAUUACAGAUGAAGGAACAUGUCAAAUAGAAUAGAAAAAAAGGUCUAAUCUGGGAUUAAAUUAUAUAUAGACCCAUUUUAGAAGUAGUUACACCAACAGUAGCUUGCUUUAGCUACGUUAGCUUUAGCUAAAGAUAACACACUACGUUAGCUAUGCAAUUAAGUUACAACAUAAGUCAGUGCCACUUUAGCAACGUGAGCUUUAGCAAACAUAGCUAAAGUUAAUGUAGCUAUGUAGAUAACACAGCUACGUAGCUUUCUUAGAUGCUUAGCUUAGAUGUGAGCUCAGCUUUAGUUAUGUUAGCAACAUAGCUAUGUUAGCUACAUAGCUAUAUUAUCUUUAGCUAAGUUAGCUGAAGCAAACACCUAUUACCUAUGUAGAUGCUAUAGAUAUGUAGCUUACAUAGCUGCUUUGAGUGCUUAGCUUUAGCUCUGUAGCUGUGUAGCUACAUCAUCCACGUAGCUUAUGCAGCUAACUGAGCUAAGCUACGCUGUAUUAGAAUGUUUUCAUGGAGGAUGAGCUUUUUCCUGUAAGCAGACUGUGUUUUUGCAGGUUAGGUCUUAAUUUCUAACUUUUGGUAUCCUAACCAUUACCUUAACCUUCACCCUAACCCUAACACAGAGGUUCAGUCCAAUUUAAUUUUGAAAGUUUUAACGUGUAUUUCGAUUCCCAGAUAUACAGCGUCUCAGGUAUACAGUCUGUGAGAGUGGCUGUCAGUCUGUCUUAUGAAACUGAGCGGCUCUCAGUGGGCAUGAGGAGUCACAUUCAAGAUCAGUGCGAGAAGCAGGGUUUUCUCACAGGUGAAUUGUUUGAAUCGAGACAUCAGAGAGAGAUGCUGCGGAGUCUGUGUGAAUUGGCGUUGUCAGAGCACUAUAUUUUUUAUUUCCAUACGUAACUUAAGAACAAAACCAAUGACAUUGAUACUUGUUUGAUACCACAACAAAGAAUAGAAGUCUUAGACACCCAAUAUUUGGCAAUUUCUUGUUUUUAAUGAUCAAAGAUGGCAGGCAAACUCCUGCACACAAGAGAGGAAGAAAUGUCUUAAUUGUUUCCUUACGGAAACGUUGCCAGCAUUUUGUGCAGAUUAAACAAUGGUAUUUAAAAGAAUAUGUAAGUAUUAAGAUGUUGACACCUUUAGGAGCAGCUGAGUGUGUGAAUGAGUGUGUGGUUUGAUUAGGAGCAGUGUUACACACAACAAGAAGGGACAUUACACUAUUAUUCCAGUAUUAAUACAUUACCACACACCUCUACCAUUCACACAAAUGUUUGAGUCUGGUCCGUGAAUACUUGAGCUCCUCCUUACACUGACUCUUCCUGUGAGCCGCUCUCUCUCCUGGUGCUACGGCGUGUUCCAGCGUGAGGACACUGACGACGUAACAGCGUGUGAAACAGUGUUUCUAACACGCUGACGGAUGGACUCGGGGAGAUAAUAAGACUAAACCUGAGCUGAGCUGGAUUCACCCGUCUUUAAAGAUCCUGCAGCCCUAUAGGUCAAUCAUGUCCCACCCUCCUAUAGGCUCAGGGAGCUGUCAAUCAUCCCUGUGUGGUUGUCUUCUCGGCUCCUCUACAACUACCUCCACAGCAGCAAAAACACAGCCCGCCCUCUCUGCGAACACACUGUCAUCAGCCUCAAGCCUGUGAAUGUCUACACACACGCACACACACGGAUACAUACACGAACUUGCUACACAUCAAAGUGCUGGACGCCCCGUUGUCUCCCUCCCUCCCUCCCUCCCUCUCCUGGUUCCUCCUGAAGCUUAGCCGCAGUUUGAUGGCAUCAUAAAGGUGCAGCUAGUGUCAUUCAGCCUUAAAGGGUUCACUUUGAUGUGGUCUGCUCUACCUGCUCCCCUGCUUCACACCUACAUUUACCUGAGCUAUUUAUCUCAUCACUGGUGGGUGGGGCCAAAUCUUCUGGCUGAAAAUUCCCUCGUGAGAAAGUAUCAGUGCUCCUUAUUUAAAGCAUAUUGGCCCUUUAAAGGAGCCUCCAUCAGAGAAGGUCGCUGCUAAAGAUCUCAACAGUGUGUUUCACGAAGUGAAAAUCUUGUUCAUUUCCUCCAAACCUGUAUGAUUAUUUGCCAGGAUGUCAUAACUAUCCAAAAUAGACUUACCAUGAGCUACCUGAAAGGGAAAGGAUCCCGUAAAGAUGAAAGUUCAUAAGAUGUCAACCUUGUUUGCUGAAAUAACAAGGUUAAUUUAUGAUCCUGGAAGAAAGAACUACACUACCCACAAUCCUUUUGUCACAGCAAUGUCUCUGAUUGCUAGAGCCUGCUGUUAACAUGAAAAUGUUUACCUUCCACACAAACUUUGGCUCUCACUGUACUAUAUACCUUUCUACACAAAAUGAAACACUAAAUAUGCACAAACUACAAUAUGUGACAACAUAAUAAUUAACAAAAUAAACAUUAUAAUAAAGAAUGUAAAUGUAGAAAUAUUGUCUUUGUAUGUUAAAAAGGGCACUAAAACAUGUUAGGAAUAACAAUGGAUUGUGGGAUAUGUAGCUUUUUUUACGUAUUCCUUUUUCUCAGUUUUCUAAUCCUGUUUUAUGGAUUGAAUCAAAUGUUUUAUGGUCUUGAGUGUUCAGGUAGCCGGGUGACUUGGUCAUGGAUUUAAAAUAGCUCUGAAGUGCUUCUGAACUGUUAAUGGAGGAUUUGAACAGGGAACUUCAGGAACCAGAGCCACUGAAAAAGUGAGCACACACUGUUGAGCUCUUUUCCCUUAUUAGAAGAUAAGAAAGCUUAGUAUUUAAAGUGUACUGGUCCUUUAAGAGUGCCUCAGUCCAAGGGUGUUGCUGCUAUUGGUUGUUAGAACGUGUUUUUCUCGCUUUAAGAGCUCUCUGAUGGGUUUAAAGAUUUAUUUAUGUUUAUAGAUGAAGGCUGUGUCUGAAACUACAUACUUGCAUAUUUCUACAUACUCGGUAUGCUGUAUGCAGUAAAUACAGCAUAUAUAUGUCGUCUGCACAUUAGUAAGGCUUGUCCUUUCAGCCGUAUUUCCGUCCCGAGUUACCUUAAAUAAGCUAGCACCAAGCUAGAUCAACCAUCUGACUUAUUCUGGAAUUUAACAAGGAUAUAUUUUUAUGACAUAACCAGUUGCAUAGUUACUUGAAUUUUAUUUUAUCUUAAUUUUUUAUUGUAGGUUAUUUUUAAUUUUUAUGCCACUUAUCAGCAGACUGGCAAGCUGCAUUUUGGGGUGGUCGGUGUGCCGUCGAGGAGGAUGUGCUUGACAGUCAGUUGUCAUUACAUCAAAAACACCGCAUUUCCACAAUCAGUGGAGCCAGGUGAUAACUUAAACUUUUCCUGAAGCCAAUCUGGAGAAGAGAGAAAAAAAUUCCAUCAAGAAGAGCUUUCAGUGUGGUUCUUUGCUCUUCCUUUAAUUAAAAAUGGCUAACUCUGAUUGACUGCCGCAAAGCUGCAUUCAAGCUAAUCUCUACACUGGCCACCAUUGUUUACAGGCUUGCAGUAGCUAUAACUUAACCACCAUCUCUGUCUUCUCUAACUAUGCAGAUUGGUCCAGUCAUUUUCUGGCAAGGGACAAGUAUAUCAGCUUGAAGCUUCAUGAGAUGGAUAAACCUGAUGGCAGAUAUGGAAUCUGGACAAUGCAUUGACAUUGGAGGCUAAUAUAUUAUGAAUGUGUGAGGUUUCAGACAUAGCCUUGAACCAAAAUUGUUAACACUGCAGCUCAUUCUAAAAAGGUCUAAAGAAGAAGACCCUGUUUUAGAGUUCAGCUCAGUGAUUUAUCGUUGGAUUUAAGCCCUUGUUCUACUAAUUUUAACCACUACAAGAGAGUAAGCUCCAAUGAGUUACCACUAAACUAAAAAAUAAGUCUGUUAAAAACCACUAAUGUUGGAGCUUCAUUUUCCACUUACUUAGUUAAGUGGAAGAAUGAAACCACUUCUCAGUCAAUAAUUAACCUAAAUCACAGAGACUGCUUUAAAUAUUGCUCCUCUGCUUGUUCUGGAUUCAAUCCUUGAAGGUUGUCAUUUUAUUCCAACCUUUGAUCAUGCAACCAAUAAUCCAGAAUAUAUUCUGCUUUUAUGCUGGUUGUCUUGAAUGUACGCAGGGCUUAUAAACAACUUUGGCUUCAUUGAACACAUUAAUGAAAACUGUUUUCAUAGCUGAUAUUCAGCUGAUGUUUUAACAAAUUGAAUCUUCAUCAGCUGUUAGAAACAUGCCAUCUUUAUCAGCUGUUAGGCACAGUCUUGUUUCUAACCUUACAAGAAGUAGUGGGGAAAUCUUCACCUACAAAAUGGGUUGAACAUUGAAGUUUCUGAUACGUCAUCAAUAGUCAUCAACAGCAUUUACAUAAAAAAACAGACAUUUCUACCUUGAGUGACAUUUAAAAAAUGCUUUUCACAAUCAAAAAGACCGUAAUGCAUUGAAGCAACAUUAAAUAAAAGUAUAAUAUUGUUAUGGAAAUUCUUGGAGAUUCCCCAUAACACUCAGUUUGAAGUGUUCCCUUUGAAAAAUCUCAGUUUAAAGAUCCACAUAGCCCUAGCGCUUCAGUCUACGCCUCCAUUCUAACAAGAAUUCAAACACCCCACCCCUAGACAUGAACACACAAAACUUGGAUGUAGGGCUAAGUAAGUUUUGUACCAUUGAUCAAACCCUCCCUUGCAGCAUCACAUUUGACUAGUUUUAUUCUUCAGAAUUGCCAAAAAAAAGAACAUAAUCUGCAUGUACUGUGUUCAAUGCAGCCAGAGUAUCCUCUGAGUAAACUUUGUAUCCUUUCUGGAUUUUAAAGGUUAUUGUCACUUUUCCAGCUACAUGUUGCAGAGGUUUUAGAGCUAAGUUAAAGUGAGCUUUUUACAAACACACUAAAAAUAUUUUUUGUCCAGUCAAAAAUGGGACUUGUCCUUUAGGUUGAUGCAAAAGAUAAAGAGAAAAGGUUGGAAUUAGUGAAGAUGUUUUAACAUCUCCAAUAAUGUCAACCUCAUCUAUUCAUCUUUUCGACUAAACUUUGGGUUAUUAUGACUUCAAAUUCUCCUUUCCAGUUAAAGACGCUCUGUUUCUGCACAUAUUGAAGUGUUAGUCCAUAUUGCACCAUUAAUCAGGGAUAAACCACUACUGAGCUGCAGCCCCCCACCUCAUGGAGAUCCUGCCAUCCCUUAAUGUUUGCACUGCACCCCCAUCCCCCGCCCAACCCGUCCGACCAUCCCAGGUGAGCUCGUCCCCUUCCAUUCUUUUCUACAGACGCUCCAUGAAAUGUCUUCCCGGUACAUGGGCGCAGUGUUUCUACAGACGGAGGUUCAACAACAAUAACCACAUUUCUAACGGUGACGACACGCUGUAUGUCAGACUGUAAAUGAUGUUUAUCUGUCAUGCCUAGUCAAAUAAUUUAAACAAUAAAAAGAGGGAUUUUUUAAAUGUCUAUAAUAUCUGAAAGUCCCUUUGAUGUGUAGUUCUGGUGUUACUGUUGUUGUAGUG